GUCUAUCCCUAAUCUAGUUAUUGCUUAAAAUUAUUUUACUCAAGUCUUUUACCUUUUAGGUUUUAAAUAUUUAGCGAAGUAAACGUAUUAAAGCCACGCUAAAUCAUCAUGGCUAAACUACCUAUAUCAGAAUAUCUGCUUUCGAGCCCUGAGGUAGGCGAUCUUUAUGAACGAGCUACGCAAUCCCAGUUUCUCAGCCUUGCUGGUGAGGGCCAGCUUCCCCCAGACGUGCUCUGUCAGUGGCUAUCUCAAGAUCGGCUCUAUGCUCAGGCUUAUAUCCGCUUUGCGGGAGGACUGAUAUCCCGCGUUGAGCUACCAACCAAGAUCGACGGACAGGAAACCUCGAAGACGCUACAAUGGCGAAUAUUGUCGUUAUUGCAGACUGCUAUGUUAGGAGUCACGAGGGAACUAAAUUUUUUCGAAGAGACUGCCAAGAAAUAUGGGUUGGACCUCGAAGCUCUCGGACCUGUGGCGGAAGGAGAUAAUCUAUCACAUAAGUCGGCUGCAUUCGGACCUAAUAAGGUGACCAAGGACUACAUCAACCUGUUCGACUCCUUCUCUGCGAGACCUAACGCAGAUUUAUCCAAGACUCUCUUGGAUGGGCUGGUGGUACUUUGGACUACGGAGAAGGCUUACCUUGACUCUUGGACAUACGCAAAGCAACAGGCUUCGGCGAAUGCAGACACGAAGGAGGAUCUCGACGGCGGGGCUUUAAGAAAGGAGUUCAUCCCUAACUGGACCUCCGAGGAGUUCCAAGCUUUUGUGAAGGAGUGUCAGGAGUGCCUGGAUGCUUAUGCAGCUAGUCAGGAUGAGGAUCCGGAAGAAGUCAUCGCCGCAGGCUCCAUGGCAAUCUUCAAGAAAGUCUUGGUGCUGGAAGAGUCGUUCUGGCCGAUGGUGGCUUGAAGACUAUACUGCUGAGGGGAGUGGUUUGAGUUGGAGAGAUGAAGUUAUCUAGAGAGAAACUGUUACCAAAACUUGUAUAUUGAUGUGUGGUUGGUGUAGUUGGAAGGUUGGGGCCGAAAGUCUUGCACAUUUA